AUGCUGCGGGUAGUGCUGGGCCGUGCGCCGGUGUUGCUGAGCCGCGCGCGGCCCCGGGACCCCAGUCUGAGGCAGCUGUGGGCGCGCGGGUCCCUUCUGGAGGCCACAGGGAAGGGGCGGGCCUGGGCCUGGCGCUGGCGGCGCUUGAGUUCCGAGCCUGGGCUAGGGUCUGGGGCCGCGCUAGGGCGCGUGGAGUCGGCGCACUACCAGCUGGUCUACACCUGUAAGGUCUGUGGGACCCGCUCCUCCAAGAGCAUCUCCAAGGUGGCCUACCACCAGGGUGUGGUCAUUGUGACCUGCCCUGGCUGCCGGAACCACCACAUCAUUGCCGACAACUUGGGCUGGUUCUCAGACCUGGACGGGAAGAGGAACAUUGAGGAAAUCCUGGCAGCCCGAGGGGAGCUGGUGCGCCGGGUGGCCAGUGAUGGUGCCCUGGAAGGGGUCUUGGAGGCUGUGGUGGCAGCCCCGUCCGCUGCUGCCCCAGGAGAGGGUGAGGACAAGGACUCCACGCACCCUGGCAAGUCAGAGCCAAGCUGA